GAUGGAGUAGUCGCACUUUUUUCACGCUCCCGCAAAUUUCACUCCUACCAUUCUGUAUAGCUCGACUGAAUGCAGUAACUGCUACUAACGUUUUAAUAGUACUAAUACCUUUUCGCGCUAAAUGAGAAAAUGUCUAACAGAGCCAAAAAGGAGGAGCAAAGGAAGGAGGAUCUGGCGGCAAGUACCAUCAUGGCUACGCUAACUACAAUGCUAGCGGACCACAAGACUUCUCUCUCGUCGGAGUUUAACUCCGCCUUUUCCAAACUCAACAACACGCUGGACUGUAUUCAGACCACACUUCUGGAAAACCAGAAGCGUCUCUCCUCACUAGAACUGUUUGCCGACACAACCAGCCAGGAUAUGCUGGCUAUGAACACCAAGCUAACAUUCGUAACCGAGGAGAACGCGAGGCUAAAAGCUAAGCUAAUAGACUUGGAGAGCAGAAGUCGUCGGAACAACAUAAGAAUUGUCGGCGUACCCGAAAACAUCGAAGGUCCAAACCCAACAACGUUCUUCUCUCAACUGCUGGUCGAAGUCUUGGGUGAACACACGCUGUCGUCGACCCCGGAGCUGGACCGUGCCCACCGCUCGCUAACAGCAAAGCCAGGCCCCGGUGAGAGACCGCGUGCUAUCGUGAUAUGCUUCCACCGAUUCCAGACGAGGGAGCUGGUGGUGCGGGAAGCUCGGAAACGCAGGGGCAAACUAAAGUACAAGGACUCACCGAUACACAUCUUUGAAGACUACUGCCCUGAAAUACUGGAACAGCGGGCCGUGUACCGGGACGUCAUGAGGGAUCUCUACAAUCUGGGCCUCAAACCAGCACUCCACUAUCCGGCCAAGCUAAUGGUUUCAACCGAAGGUGGAAAGAGACGACGACUCGCAUCUCUCAAAGACGCCCAAGAUUUCGUCAAAUCCCACAAUCAACGCAGCCAAGAACAUUCAAAAGAGUAAUCUCAGUUGUACUCUCUGCAGUUUCCAGUUAUCAUGCAUCAGCCCCCCUCCUGACCCGCGUGUAUACAUCAGCCCGUUCUGCUCUCCUAGUUGGACAUGGUGAGGUAUGACAAGCGCCAGUAAUACACUUAGAUUUGUUUCAUGGAAUGUGAGGGGAGUGGGGAGCGCCACUAAAAUAGGGAGGGUCUUGACCCAUUUGCAAAACCUCAAAGGAGAUAUAUUUUUCAUUCAGGAGACCCACCUUCGCAACAGAGAGAUUUCACGACUUAAAAGAGGCUGGAUCAGCCAUAUUUUCCAUUCAAAAUUCAACGAAAGGGCCAGGGGCACAGCUAUCCUUAUUCGUAAAAAUAUUUCGUUCGAACUCAAUCAAAUUGUAGCAGACCCGGCUGGUCGUUAUAUUAUUGUGUCCGGAAAGCUGCAAGGCACCCCAGUCAUACUCGCUAGCGUUUAUGGACCCAACUGGGAUGACAGUUCUUAUGUGACUAAACUGUUUACAUCAUUUCCGAACAUUGGAAACCAUUUUAUCAUUAUGGGCGGGGACUUUAACCUGGUACAGGAUCCUGUACUGGAUCGAUCAUCUAACAAACUGGCUCCCUUAUCUAAUUCAGCUAAAACACUUGAUACUUUCGCUAAACAGUUAGGUCUUACAGACCCAUGGAGACAUGCCUCCCCUACAAUUAAACAAUUUUCCUAUUUCUCCCAUGUACAUCACACUUACACUCGGAUAGACUUCUUUCUUCUCGACAAUAGACUACUUUCCAAAACCAAAACAUGUAAUUACCAUAGUAUUGUAAUCUCGGAUCAUGCCCCCACCUCAGUAGACAUCAAUAUGGACACUCAACCUAGACCCCUUAAACAAUGGCGAUUCAACUCAGCCUUAUUAGCAGAAGACCGCUAUAAGAAUUUCCUACAAGAUCAAAUUAAGUGUUUUUUCGAACUGAACGACUCGCCAGAAAUCAGAAGAGGUAUACUGUGGGAGGCAUCUAAAGCCUAUAUUAGAGGUCAACUUAUAUCUUUUGUUUCAAACCUAAAUAAGACAGAGACCAUUCAAAUCACUGAGCUGCUCCGCAAGAUUAAGGAUCUUGACGAUAAGUACGCUUCAAACCCAGACCCGACACUAUAUAAAGAACGCCUUCGCCUACAAACUGACUUUGACCUUAUGUCUGUCAAUAGAGCGAAAUUACAACUGCUCAAAUCCAGACAACGAUUUUUUGAAUCUGGGGAAAAAGCUGGCAGGCUCUUAGCCCACCGGGUCAGGGAGGAAGCAUCUUCGAGACUAAUCACGUCUAUUCGCUCUAACACAGGAGAACUACAUACUGAUCCAGCUAAGAUUAAUGAAACAUUUGCUGCAUUUUAUACAACAUUAUAUACCUCAGACUGCCCCCCUUCCUCAGAUGAACUGUUUAGCGAUACAACAUUCCCCCAGAUAGAAUGUGGGGCUGCGAGGGGCCUGGGCCAGCCCAUUAGUGUCAUUGAGAUUACGGAAGCCAUCAAAUCAUUACAGAGCAAUAAAUCACCCGGCCCGGAUGGCUUUAGUGCAGAAUAUUACAAAACUUUCUCCAGUGUUCUUGCUCCGGCUCUAAGAGACAUGUAUAAUGAAGCUUUUCUGCAACAUCGCCUCCCAGAAACCUUAUCGAGGGCCACCAUUUCUCUCAUCCUAAAAAAAGAAAAAGACCCCCUGCUUUGCAGCAGCUAUAGACCAAUUUCGCUCUUAAAUGUAGAUCUAAAAAUUCUAUCCAAGGUUCUCGCUCUCCGGCUCCAAAGGGUGAUGCCUUCUAUCAUCUCGUUGGA